AGCAGCAUGGACCCGGCGGGCGAAAGGCUGGCCACGGCCGCGGCGCGGGGCCGGGCCCAGGAGGUGCGGGAGCUGCUGGAGGCGGGGGCGCCGCCCAACGCCCCGAACCGUUUCGGCCGGAGACCGAUUCAGGUCAUGAUGAUGGGCAGCGCCCAAGUGGCUACACUGCUGCUGCUCCACGGAGCGGACCCCAACUGCGCUGACCCAGCCACCCUGGCACGACCGGUGCAUGAUGCGGCACGGGAGGGCUUCCUGGACACGGUGGUGGCGUUGCACCAAGCUGGGGCCCGGCUGGACGUGCGUGAUGCCUGGGGCCGCUUGCCUGUGGACCUGGCUGAAGAGCAGGGCCACCUCGACGUUGCUCAGUAUCUGCGCAACGUUUCAGGGGAUGUGUGAGCAACAGCUCCACCCAUGCAGUCGCCCCGCAUGGUCACCAGCAAACAGGAAGAAUCUGGUCAUCAAUUGGGAAAGUCAAAAGAAAAUAAGAAUGUCUUCCGCCUACCCAAUUCUUGCCUCCUUUUUUAGUUCUAUUUUGAAAAAAAAAAUGACCAUUUUUUAAAAUGCGGAGCUGGAGAUGUAACUCAGUGGCAGAGUGAUUGCCUAGCAUUUCAGGAAGCCCUAGGUUCAUUCCCAGCCCCACCAAAAUCAAAUAAAUAAACAUAAAAAAUUAAA